AUGGGUAAAUAACAACUUAUUAUUCUUUCUUCCUCCGAAGAAAAACCCAAACAAUACGGAUUACAGAAAAUCAUUUAAAAGAAGGAUGGUUUCGCACUUCCUUUAAAUAAAAAGAGAUUCUAAAAAUUAGAAAUCGUUGCAAGAGAGUUAGAAGAAAUAUACAAAUCUAUGAUUUGCUCUAACUAAAGCUUUACUUGCCUCUCUACUAAGAGUUCUAUCGAAAGUUUCGAUAAGUGCCCAGAAGAUAAAUGCCUUAGCAUUUAAAAUGAUGAGGAAGAUGAUGAAGAAAUCUACUCAUCUUUCGAUCUUGAGUGA